UCAAGCUGUUAUGGCUGGAGGGAAGCCUCUCCCAUCCUGAACUCCCUCAGUUCCUCUCCCUGUAAGUCACACACAAGGACAGCCUCUGACCUCCAAUCUGGCCCUGCACCCUGUGGGGGCCCUGACCUCCCCCCAGUCCAGGUCCCCAUCCCGGCCUUGGCAAUGACCCUGGCGGCUUCCUCCCAGCGCUCCCAAAUCAUUCGCUCCAAGUUCCGUUCUGUCCUCCAGCUGCGGAUUCACAGACGCUGCUAUCAGGACCCGAUCUCGGAUUCAGAUCCGUGGAUCUCAGCCUCAGGCCCCGCCGCUGGGGCCCCAGUCUCUCCCUCGGGCCCUACCCCUUUCCUCUUCAGCCCUGGGGUCCUGCUCCCUGAGCCAGAAUACUGCUUGUGGAAGUCUCCGAAGAAGGAGUCCUCUAAGAUCACCCAACGUUGGAGGGACCCCAAGCCCAAGGGGAACUUGACCUACCAUCAAUACAUGCCCCCAGAGCCAAGACAAGGGUCCAGGGGAGAGCUUCAGGCUGAGGGGACGGCUCUGGGACCCCCUGGGCCACCUCUGUGGGAAGGGACAAACUCACAGCAACCACAUCCUAGGUAUGGCCCCCCUUCCACUCCCUCCCCACCUGCAGCCCCCAGCCCAUCGCCUCUCCCACACAAGCUGGAGCUUCAGACCCUUAAACUGGAGGAGCUGACGGUCUCAGAGCUUCGGCAGCAGCUGCGCCUACGGGGUCUCCCGGUGUCGGGGACCAAGUCGAUGCUCUUGGAGCGCAUGCGCGGCGGCGCUCCGCCCCGCGAGCGGCCGAAACCGCGGCGCGAGGACUGUCCCGCCGGGGCUCCCUGGCCGCGCCUCAGGCCCAAGGCCCUAGGAGCCGCCCGGCGACAGGGCACGCUUAAGUCAGCCCCAGCGUCUGAUCUGCCGCCUCUUCCGCGAGCCUCUGACACCCUCGUGGCAGCUCCGGCUCCAGCUCCAUCCCUGACCCCUUCCUCAGCACCGACGUCUGCGGCCCUGACUCUAGAGGAGGAGCUGCAGGAAGCGAUCCGGAGGGCGCAGUUGCUUCCGAACCGGGGCAUCGAUGACAUCCUGGAGGAUCCGGUGGAGCCUGAGGACCUGCUCCCCCCUAUCCCCCUGGACUUCCCCGGCUCCUUCGACGUGCUGUCCCCCUCCCCGGACUCUGAAGGCCUCUCAUCUGUCUUCUCUUCCUCACUCCCCUCCCCCACGAACUCCCCUUCCCCCGCUCCCAGGGGCCCCAUGGACUCCUUGGACUGGCUAGAGGCUCUGAGCGGGGGUCCCCCGCUUGGCUGUGGGCCCCCAGCCCCCAGCAUCUUCUCUGCCGACUUCUCUGACUCCAGCGGCACCCGGCUGUGGGACCUACUGGAGGAUUCAUGGUGAUGGAAUCCUGGUUUCCAGAGACUGAGAGCUGGUGGGGUUAGGGAGGUGGUGGAGGAGAGACUUCCUGAGGAAAGGGGAUGGAUCAAUCAACACAGCCCCUCCCACCACAAACACGGGAUCUGAGACAACCCCUCUCACCACCUAACCCCGCAAAGGAUGCCAAUUUGCCAAACUACAGGCCUUUGCCUGCCUGACCUGCAUAUGAUCCCCCUCAUAGAUGUGUGGUUGGAGGUUCCUCAGCUGCUGAUCAGGGUAAACAAACUGCUUGCUGCUUCCUUCAGAAACCUCAUGGAUGUUUUCAUUCCCACUUUUCCUCCCCCACCCUCUGACUACAUGGCCGCCUGUUGUCAGGGGAUCUGGAAGGAGGUCUCUGCUUUUUGAAUGCAGGAGAGAGGCAGGGAAGAGUGGGGAGGGAGAAUAAGUGAGCCAGACCCCUGGGUUUUCAUUGUUGUCGUUGUUAGGUGCAGUAGAGUCCAUUUCGACUCAUGGUGACCCCAUAUGUGCAGAGUAGGCCUGUGCUCCAUAGGGUUUUCAAGGCUGUAGCCUUUCAGAAGCAGAUCACCGGGCCUGUCUUUUGAGGCUCCUCUGUUGUUUUUUGCCAUCAAAUAGAUAACGACUCAUAGUGACCCUGUAGGACAGAGUGGAACUGCCCCUUAGGGUUUCCAAGGCUGUAAAUCUUACGGAAGCAGACUGCCUCAUCUUUCUCCCAUGGAGAAGCUGGUGGGUUCAAAUCACUGACCUUUUGGUUAGCAGCCAAACGCUUAACCACGGUGCCAUCAGGGUUCCUUGAGGCAUCUGUAGAUGGGUUCAAACUGCCAACUUUUUUGUUAGUAGUGGAGCACUUAAUUGUUUGUACCACCCAGGGACUCCAGGUUUUCAUUAGAGGUGAAAAUGUCAGAAGCCAAGUGUCUGGGGUCAGAUUCUUUUGGAAGCAGACCCUAUAACAAGAUUCAUGUGCCAAUGGUUUAUUAAAGAAGUGUUCCCAGUGUGGUGCAAAUGGUUUGCACUUGACUCCUAACCUAAAGGUUGGUGGAUUGAACCCACUCAAUGGCACUGCAGAGGAAAGGCCUGGUGUUCUGCUUCCAUAAAAAUUACAGCCAAGGAACUCCUAUGGAGCAUGGGGUCACCAUGAAUUGGCAUCAACUCAGUGGCGAUGGGUUUGAGUUUUUAAAAUUUUUCUUCCUACUGGAGAAACCAGUAAAGGAGUAAGGCAAACAGGACAGUGAAGGGGAAGAAGACAAGCAAGAGUGCGACUUCAAGUGAAGUUCCAGCCUCAGCCUGAUUAUGUGGGGAGCUCAGGAGCUUAAAUUACAUCCCAGACUUAAAUUACAUCCCAGACUUAAAUUACAUCCCAGACUCUUUCUCACCUUGAAGUAAAGGAGCUGGGUCUUUGAAUCUCCCCAUUUUGGUUUAUUAUUGCCGAAUAACAAACUAUCUCCAAACUUCAGAGUCUUAGAGCGAUAUCUGUGGUCUCUCACAAGUCCACGGGUGGACUAGGCUUGACUGGGUGGUUCUUCAGCUCCAUGUGAUGUUAACUAGGAAUGUAGUCUUCUGGAUGCCUAAAAAAUGGCAUGGCGGCAGCAUCUGACCUCCUCUAAUUUCACAAGGGGGAAGGAGAAUCUGGAUAACAGCCCAAGGCUGGCUCCAAGGCAGAGGUCAGACAUACCUUCUUUCUCUGGCAUCUUUACCAAUUCUAACACCGUCUGUCCCUCCCAUGACACUCUACUUCUCUGCUGGGUUUGAUAACUCAUUGCAGUGGCCACACAGAGCUCACAGACAAUACUCAUGAUUAUGGUGUUUAUUAGGAAAGUAACUGGUUGUAGUUCAGGUUCCAGAAUGCUCAGGAUACAGUUCUUUGAUCAGAACAGACUCUUCCCAGCUAUGCCUGCAGGCAGGUCUCUCCCUGGCCCUUGAUUCCUCAGUCCCUUGGCCUGGCCUCUGCCCUGCCUGGGCAAGUGUUACUAAGCUCUUUUAGCUCUGCUGAUAAGUGCCCAGAGGCACCCCACCCCGGCAGUAAGCCUUGGCCCAAAGACACUCAGCUCUAGCUCUGUGGGUUUAGCAAACCUAGCUUCACCAAGUGCCCAAAGGCACCCUACUCUGCCAGCAAGACUCCUGCCCAAAGGUGCUCAGCUUUCUCACUCCGUGAGCUGGGAAUCCCACUGUGCCAUUUUCUGCCUCUGCUGCCACCGUUUUCUGCCACCGCUUCUCACUGUCCUCAUUGGUACAGCUCUCUCAGUCUCCUGGUUCCAGGAGCUUCUCAGCACAGGGAUCCUGGGUUCAAAGGAUGAGCUCCACUCCUGGUUCUUCUUUCUUGGUGGUGGUGAGAUCCUCUCCUCCCGCCUCUGGGAUGGCUUAUUUUAAGCCUAGCGGGAUGGCAAAACUGAUCAAUCCCUUCCUGUGGGUUCCAUAUAUAUUGCUUGCAGUCGCAUUCAAUCACUGUGUGUGAAUCACAAAGACUAUGGCUGAAAGGGCCGUAUUAGGUAAUUCAUUGCACUGCAAUGCCCAACUGCACUGCCAAGAUGGUGCAAUCAGACACAUUCGGCACCUUGUUGGGGAUGGCUAGGAGACUGGGCUCAGCUGGGUUGCUGGGACAUCUGGACCUCUCUUGUCCUCUGUGUGGUCUCACCACUCUCUCCUGCUCCAGGUGAUCUCUCCAACAGGGUAGCUGGACUUCUUACAUGGCAGAUCAGGGCUCCCAGCAGUAAGCAUUUCCAUGGAAGGAGGCAGAAGCUGCCAGUCUCUUAAAGACUAGGUCUGGAACUAGCCUAACAUCACUUUCACCAUAUUCCAUUGAUUAAUACAAGUCAGACCAGCCCAGAUUGGAUAUGGAAGGGGACAACAUGAGCGGAGUCCUUGGGUGGCACAAGCAGUUAAGCUUGGCUACUAACCAAAGAGUUGGUGAUUCAAGUCCACCUAGAGGUGUCUUGGAAGAAAGUCCCAGUGACCUGCUUCCCAAAGGUCACAGCCAUUGAACACCCUAUGGAGUGCAAUACUACUCUGCACACAUGGGGUCACCAUGAGUCAGAAUCAACUCGACUGCAGUGUUUUUUUUUUUCUUUUCUUUUUAUUGUUUCUAACCACACAAGAGUGGGAAUGCUGGAAGCAUGGUUAUUGGGGGACAUACUUGGAGACUUGCCACUAUACCAUACCCUAUAUUAGUUUUCUAGAGCUACCAUAACAAAGUACCACUCACAGAGUGGCCUAAAAUAACAGUAAUUCUUUCACAGUUCUGGAAGCCAGAAGUCCAAGAUCAAAGUGUUGAUAAUUCCCUGCUCCCUCUGAAGCCUCUAGGGGAAGACGCUUCCUUCCUCUUCCAGUUGCUGAUGGCUUUGGGUGCUCCUUGGAAGCAGACUGCUACAUCUUUCUCUCAAGGAGCAGCUGGUGGGUUUGAACUGCCAAUCUUUUGGCAGCCAAGCAUGCAACCACUGCGCCACCAGGGUUCCUUAGUCUGGAGAAAGUACUGUAAUAUUGAGAUCCAUAAAAAUCUUUGCAAAUGUUGGCUUUUUCAUCCAGACAUAUAAUAGAUUUGAACUGCUCCUAAGAUGUACUUAGGAUCUCAGAGGUGCCCACAUAAUAAACUCUCCGCAUGGCUCUGUUCAACAGUAGUUAAAUAAAUAUUAUUUUAUUGAUGCCUAUGUGAUGUUUACAAGUGUAUCCUCCAAGAGAAAAGGAUGUUGUAGGAUGUGUUCACUAUCCAGCAUGUAGCAGAUGUGCCACAAAUAUUUACUGAAAAAAAUGAAUGGAAUCUCAAGCUCAUUGAGCCAUGCUGGCCACUUAGUUCUCAGUUGUAAUCGUCUCAGGCCCAGGAAGCUAGGGUUGCAGAGGGAGGGCAUAUGGUCUUGGAUGCACCUAACCAGUAUGUUUCUUUAAAAACGGUUUGUGCCGUGCUACUUACUGAAUGGUUGGCGGUUCAAACCCAACCUUUGGCUCCAUGGAAGAAAGGUCGGGUGAUCUACUUCUGAAAAUUCAUGGCCACUGAAAACUCUGUGGAGCCCAGUUCUACUCUGAAACACGUGGGGUUGCCAUGAGUCAGAAUUGAUGGCAACAGGCUUGGUUUUUUGGUUUCUGGGUCGACUGAUAAUGCAACAUCAUGAUAAACAGAGAAAAGAUUGAAGUUGUGAAGGAUUUCAUUUUACUCGAAUCCACAAUCAGCGCCCAUGGAAGAAGCAGUCAAGAAAUCAAAAGACACCUUGCAUUGGGCAAAUCUGCUGCAAAAGACCUCUUUUAAAGUGUUGAAAGGCAAGGAUGUCACCUUGAAGACUAAGGUGUGCCUGACCCAAGCCAUGGUAUUUUCAGUUGCUUCAAAUGCAUGCGAAAGCUGGACAAUGAAUAAGGAAGACCUGAGAAGAACUGAGGUCUUUGAAUUUUGGUGUUAGCAAAGAAUAUUGAAUAUACCAUGGACUGCCAAAAGAAUGAACAAAUGUGUCUUGGAAGAAAUACAACCAGGAUGCUCUUUAGAAGCAAAGAUGGCAAGACUACAUCUCACAUACUUUGGACAUGUUAUCAGGAGGAACCAGACUCUGGAGAAGGGCAUCAUGCUUGGUAAAGUACAGGGUCAGUGUAAAAGAGGAAGGCCCUCAAUGAGAUGAAUUGACACAUUGGCUGCAACAAUGAGCUCAAGCAUAACAAGGAUUGUGAGGAUGGCAAAGGACUGGCCAGUGUUUUGUUCUGUUGUACAUAAGGUUGCUAUGAGUCAGAACUGACUCUAUGGUACCUAACAACAGCAACAGUUGGACUAAUUUAAAAUAGUGAGCCUUCUGAAUGGACACAGUCCCAACAACACACGACUUGGUGAGUAGACUGUGGGCUUCAUUUAAUUUCUACUUGCUCCCUCGGCCAGGUACUUUUAGAUAGUGAACAACCUACACAACAGUUUGGAGCAUCCUUGUGUCUAUUCUACAGCUGUUCUCCCUUUCUUCUAGUUUUCUUUCUGCUAGCCACCGUGUCCUUCAGAGGGGACUGAGCAACUCCCCAGUGCAGGAGAUGAGUAUUGUUUCGAGGCUAAGCCAAUUCCAGUGGGCUUCUUGUCUUGCUGCAUGCUGGGUUACAUGGUUAUGUGACAAAAUUUUAGCCAAUCAGAUAUGAAGGUAAGUUGCUGGAGGGCUUACAGUAAGAAUGAGCUUUUUUCUGCCUCUUGUGGAAAGUCAUCAUGUGGCAGCCAUCUUGGGAGCUUGGGGGAGGCAGGCUAAGUGUAGACCAUCGCACGGCUAGAAGAUAAAUGGAACUGGGGGACACUGAUGACGUAGUUGAGCUGCUGGAUUAACUAACCCUGGACAUGAACCACCUUUGAUCUUGCCAUAUGACACCCAUGGAUAUGUUGUUUAAAUAGUUUAGUUGGGACUUCCGUUACUUGCAGCCCAAAGCAUCCUGAUACAAGAGGGAAGUUCCUGGCAUAUGUAACAUUAUGUUCCUCAAGCCUUGGAACUGGCCUUGGGGGAGCCACAAGUGGGAGGAGAGAGCCAAAG